AUACAGAUAUUACACAUACAUCUUCACAAAAUGGUUGAGGAUUCAAUCUGUCAACGCCCCUCCUUUUUCUGUAUUUUAGUUUUUGGCAUUUUUAUCUGCUAAUUCCUCAGCAGCAAAUUCCAAGUUCUACUCCUUUUCUCACUCUUUCUCUUUGACCCAUUUUUCAACAGAAUCUCAUCCUCCUCCUCCGCCUUCCAUUUCCACAACUGGGUUUUCUUUUUCCCUUUUUCUCAAAACGAUUUGAACCAUUUUUUCUUUUGGUUUUUUGGUUAACAUUUGCAUUAUCUGUGGGGCUAUGGCAAUUUAGAGGAGACCAAGUUUUCUUUAUUUCCUUUUGGGGUUCUCCAAAAUUGUAUUUUAUUUUUGGGUUUUGGGUUACAGAGAGGGAAACACACACUCUCUCUCCCUCUUAUUUUUCUUGUGUUUCUAGUCCUCCUCUAUUGACCAAAAAAAAAAAGUCCUCCUCCACUCUCUGGUUCGGGAGUGGUAGCUAGGGUUUGGGAGUAGUAGCUAGGGUUUUGGUGGGUUUGCUCUGAAUUGGGCAGUUAUGGUGAGAAAACAUGGAUGGCAACUGCCUGCUCACACCUUCCAGGUUGGCGCUAUUACUGUAUUCUGCUUGUUAGUGGUUGCCUUCUAUGCUUUCUUUGCUCCCUUCCUUGGAGGCCGUAUCUGGGAAUAUGUUUUGAUUGGUGGUUACUCUCCUGUGGCACUGCUCGUCUUCAUUCUUUAUGUUCGAUGUACUGCAAUAAACCCUGCAGAUCCUGGAAUUAUGUCCAAGUUUGGAAACGGAGUUCCAAAUGGUAUCAAUCCAAAUCACAGGUUAUCAGCAAAAGACUUGCCGAGAAAGUUCGAUGAAGCCACCACAGGCCAUUCUUCUCCAUCAUCAGUUUCCAGAAGUUCUUUGGCUGGAGCUAACUCUAGUAGGAAAGGGUCAGUAGGAGAACUUGGGGUUGUAAAUAUUCCGGAAGAACCCACAGCUGGGAAUUGCAUUGGAGGAAUUUGCUGUGCGUUGUUUGUACACGAAGAUUGCCGCAAACCACAGGAAGGGGCAACUGAGAAUCAGGGUGGUGAAGAUGCUUUGUUCUGCACAUUGUGCAAUGCUGAGGUCCGCAAGUUCAGCAAACACUGUAGAAGUUGUGAUAAAUGCGUGGAUGGGUUUGAUCACCACUGUCGGUGGCUUAACAAUUGCGUCGGACACAAAAAUUACAUGACUUUUAUAUGUUUGAUGGCCACCAGUCUUCUUUGGCUUGUUAUUGAAGCUGGAGUUGGUAUUGCUGUCCUGGUGCGCUGCUUUGUUAAUAAGACAAACAUGGAGGCAGAAAUUAUUGAUAGACUUGGAAAUGGUUUCACACGUCCCCCAUUUGCAACGGUUGUGGCUUUAUGCACUGCAGUUUCUAUGCUGGCAUGUGUUCCACUUUGCGAACUGUUCUUCUUCCACAUGAUACUUAUUAGGAAGGGUAUUACAACCUAUGAGUAUGUUGUGGCGAUGCGAGCGAUGAGUGAGGCACCUGGAGGAGCAUCUGUUGAUGAGGCUUUCCAAAAUUACAUGCACUCCCCAACAGGAUCGGCUACAACUGGCUUGAGUGGAGGAAGUUCUUUAGGUCUGCAAUACAAGGGUGCAUGGUGUACCCCUCCCAGAGUAUUUGUGGAUUAUCAGGAGGAAGUUGUACCACAUUUGGAGCCUGGAAUGGUCCCAUCAACUAUUGAUCCAGACGCAGCUGGAACUACAGAAAGAGAGCAAAAAGGUCCUAAAAGGCCUGUCCGCAUUAGUGCUUGGAAGCUUGCAAAAUUGGAUUCCACUGAGGCCAUGAGAGCAGCAGCCAAGGCCAGGGCAUCAUCCUCCGUUCUACGACCACUGGAUAAACCUGAUCUUGAACUCAGUUCAAGUGGCAAUAUGAGUGUGCGGAGUAGUUUAAGCACUGAUACGGGGGCAAAUAAAGAGAUGAAGAAUGAUCUGAGGUUGUCAAGAAAUUCCUAUGCUCCAAGUCAAGGUAGCCGAGAUGAGUAUGAAACUGGGACUCAAAGCGUAAGUAGCUUCAGUAGUCCGACCCAUGUUCAAGAAGCAGUCACACUUAGCCCUCUGCCACAGGCUCUGGGUGUGGGACGUUUUAGCUCUGCCACUUCAGUCCCCAGCUUAGUUCCUGACCGUCCAUUAACUGCCAAGGCAACAUUGCCUAAUGUCAGCAUGGGAUUUGAUGAAAGGAUCAUGCAGAGGGGAAGUACAGCUGAUCCGUUACAACUUUCAGCUCCAAUUAUGCAGAGGGGAAGUACUACGGGAUUUGAUGAAAGGAUCAUGCAGAGGGGAAGUACAGCUGAUCCGUUACAACUUUCAGCUCCAAUUAUGCAGAGGGGAAGUACUACUGAUUCAAUGCUGCUUUCAGCUCCACCUACUUCUCUUUUCAGGGAUGUCCGAAGGACAUCUGUUGUUUGGGACCAAGAAGCAGGGCGAUACGUCUCAGUUCCUGUGUCGGCUUCUGAAGCUCGAAACCGGUCAUCCAUACAAACAGGAUUUUCAAAUCCUAAUGCAGAAGCAAGCCAUAGUAGAAGACCAGUUAUUCCGCCACAGGUGCCUUCAUCUUCUGUAGCAAAGCCUCCAGCACAAGUAGCAGAGAAACUGAUGUACACAGGGGAUUCUAUAUUCUUUGGUGGCCCGCUUUUGAGUGUACCAGUGAGGGAUAAUUUGAGAAAUGAAAGGGAUUUGGGUUCAAGAGAGGGCCAAGAGAGGGCAGGGCUGAACUUGCCUAGGGAAUCCAGAUUCAGACGUGAUUCUACCUCAAACCAGCUUCCUGUGUUUAUUCCGGGGGGUUUUGAGAACAACUCUUCUUUUUGGCCUGGUUCAAAAUAGUGUUAAGCGACUGAAACAAGUGCAUGUUAAUCUCUUCCUCCUUGCCAGGAUUGUGUAGUGGAGGAGCAUGAAAGUCGAGCCAACCUUGUUCCUUGCAACCUGGCUGCUUGAGAUUGUCGCUAACAGAGUUCUCGCAUGGGGUUCAAGCAGUUUCUUCAAUGAAAUUCUGGUUCAACACACCGGCUCUACCUGAGGUUUGUAAAUGAGGCGAUCGUAGAAAUGUUUCUUGCACUUUCUUGACAUUGUAGGCAAAGAUUUUAUGUUACAGAGCUCCAUUUAUGCUCUGAAUUUUAAUUUAUUAUCGUAUCUUUCCCACUAUUUGAGAUGGAGCAUGUAGAUGUAUAUUUUCAGGAUUUA